CUGAUCAUUCCUUCCCAUCUCGUCGUCUUCUUCUUCCCCAAGCUCUCUCUCCUCUCUGAUCCCCUUCCCAAACUCCUUCAAUUACUAGUAUCCGACAUUAUUGAGUGAAAUUGUGAGCAACGAGGUCUGUCCAUCACACUCCCCCAGCUUCACCAUCUGCAAGAAUCAUCUCCCAUGCCCUAUUAGCAGAGGCGCCGCACUCGCUCUCCCGCCGCCUUUUUCCGAGCAUCGUGUUUACCCUUCUGCCCCCCUUUUGCCAAUUCCGGAUGCGGAACCUGCGGCUGCGCUCCGAAUGGCGUCGAGCGGGUCGGCGCGCCCAUCCGGUCGUGGAUGGAUGCCGGCAGCGACCGUGGAGGUUGCUGUCGAGGAAUCAGGAGGCGUCGUGUCGAUCUCUAGGCUCCCCUUGGCGUAGUGCGGAGCUUUCCGUCGCUUGCCUAGUUGCCCCCCUCAUCGAUGUCGCCAUGAAGGAAUCGGUUCUUAUGUGACAUUGAAUCGAUCAACGCAAGAGGCGAGAUGGCUAAAAACCGCGUGAUCUUUAUUUGCUACUACUGGAAUGAAAAUGAUAGCACACGCUUAGAAGGUAUUCCAUUGAACUUCUUAGUGUUGGGCUCUAUCUUUCACACAAUAUAUAUGUAUGCAGAGCAAAUCGAUUGCUUGUGGUUCUGGUGUUUAAUGUCGUGUAGUUUCUGACUCUCGUUGUUGCCAGGUGUUAGAGCUCUGGUUAUGCAUCAACAGAUCAACCGAACUAGGGAAAUAUUCGAUCGGCUUGGUGAUCUCAUGGUUGUAUUGGUGAUCUCAGGCCACAGUCUCGCCUCAAAACUUAUUUUAGAUGUGUUUGAACCAACGGUGGAUGUGCAUUGUUAGGUUACUUUAGAGCCUGUUUGGGACUGCUCUGCUCCUUAAAAUUCAGUUCUGCUCCAGAAAAAACAAGCCAAACGGGGUAGCUCCACGAUAUGCUGCUCCACAAAAAAACUAGAAUCUGGGAUACAACUUCAAAGUUUUUAUGAAGCUCCUGAGAGGGUGCUCCAGAAAAGACUAGAAGCUGGAGUUGGGGAAAAAUUACCCACCAUUGCCACCAGUAAGUGGAUACCCUUUCAUUUCUUUCCCCUCAACCAAUCAAAUAGAUUAUUUCCACCAAAUUUUCUAUUCUUGAAGCUGGAGCUAGAUGGAAGCCAAACAUUCUCUUGAUAGUGCUAUAGCUUCUGUAUGAAACUUCUACAAAGUGAAUUUGACGAAGUGAAGCUGAUUUUGGUGAAUUGAAGCAGUCCUAAACAGGCCCUUAGACGCAGAAAAUAUCUAUAAAAGGAAAUAGAUAGGUUCUUCAGUUUCUCUAUGGAUUUUGAUUGUGAGGGAAUGAUGAGGCAAAUCUACAUACACGUAGGCAAGAAGCUGAGAACAGAUGCCAACUAAGGUGUCAAAAGUAAUGGAUCAUACAUACAGAACAAAACCAAGAAAGCAUCUCCUUUUGGAGGACCAAUGGACCAUAGAUAUGAUAAAGACAUAAACAUGCUUUUGGAGGUACUGCCACAAAUCUAGUUCAUGCUGAGCUACACGUAUGCUAGAUUUAGACUAUGGAAUUUGCAUACAUCAAUGCUAUAAAGGAAUUUCUGACGGCUUGGUUGCACAUAAGCCAUAAAGCAUGGAUAACCUUGAUACGUGGAAGCAGAUAUAUGUGAUGUGCAGAGAUAUCUAAAUUUUCCCUUGAUGCUUCGGGUUUGCUCAUUCUAUAUCUGCAAGAGGACAUUAGAGUGAAAACUCAAAUUCUGUAGCAAACGAUAAGAGUAUGAGAAGUUUCUUUCCUUCCAUAUGCUUAAAACUGCAUAUAGAUUUGUGUAGAGACCUGUACUGGACCUGACUGUCUAUUUACUGGAUAAAACAUCGGAGUGGCACGUUUUUAAUUGUAUGAAUGCAAGCUAUCUGUAAACCGACAUGAUGUGUAUGGUAACCCAACAUAAAAAACAAGAGAAUUUAAUGACAUAAUUUUUUUUAUGAAUGGUAGAGCCAUCAGUUCUAAAAAAUACUCCCAAAAUAAGUGUCUCAACUUUGUACUAGCUCUAGUACAAAAUUGUACUAAACUUGAGACAGUUAUUUUGGGACGGAGGGAGUAUAUUAUAGUUAAGGAGGGCAUACAUGAUAUGCAGGAAGAGACAGGGCACUAGCCACCUAAAUUUGUGUUUUCUCAGAAAACAAGUAGUCACCUGAUGUGUCUUUGGACCAUAUUUAGUUGUAAAUGUAUUACUCCGUCCGAUCCAUAUUAGUUAUCACUGAAAUGUAUGUAUCUAGACGUAUUUCAGUGCUACAUACAUCCGUUUGAGCGACAAUUAAUAUGGAUCGGAGGGAGUAUUAAAAGUAACUUUUAAUGACCUUUACCAUAUUAUUAUGUGAGAGCACAAUCCUCAAUGUGAUUUUACAGAAAGAAGGGGGUGCCUGGUGAGGUAUCUAAUAGCUGAAGUGCGAUAUAGUUUGGUUGCUCGUUAAAAAUGUCAUGAGCAUGGUGAACAAUGGUUUUGUAUACAGAAAAACAUUGCCACAGGAAUGUUCACUGGACAAAGGGAAAGGGAUGUCACUGUAGGGGUGGAUAGUGAGAUUGUGCUUUGGUAUCUUCCUGGACCCACUUUGGCGGUCAGAAUGAGGGAUUUGCAAAAAAAUGAUAUAUAAGCAAUUUAUCCUUCUGUAUAUGCAAGCAUCAUUCAGGGACGGUACUGACUGCGUAGCUUGCAGAUAUAAAAUAUUUGUGCCCAUUUGCUCUCAUGACAAUGAUCAAUCCAGGUACUUUUUCCUGAGCUGUUCCCUGUAUAGGCUCUCUGGUUAUUUCAAUUUCUUUUAUCCAUGCCAGAUACUAUUAUCAAGUUGUGAUGCUGACUAGAGGUGAAGAGCAAUCAUAGGAUCAAUCAUUGAAUGAAUCUAUUUGACUCCUUUUGCGAAAAACUGUUGGUUUUGCCACGUGGUCCAGUGUGCUGAGAUCCUUUUUCUAUAACAAUUGGAAGGAACUAUUGCGAUUUGCCUCUUUGUCCAACUUUUCUUUGGCUGAGGCUCAAAGUAAGCAUUUCGUGGAUCUGUUCUAAUUCUCCAUCGUUCUCUCAGAUUUUAUCACAAGAACAUGUUUGAACUUUGAGGGGCACGAAAAGAUAUUUAUCCGAUAACAAUGCGACCCAUGCCAAUUUGUCGCAUACAGAUUAUUAUUUUUCCUGAAAUCUCAGGACAACUUUACACAUAAAGGUCACAGUAUCCUAUUUUUAUUUUUACAUGCAAAGCAGUUGGCCUUUAGCUGAACAGGGUACCGAUGUAAGCUAAUCAUAUUUUCAUCCUUUUUAGGUGAAUGAAACAGUUUUUUGUGUUAAGUUGCUUGCCCAAUAGAUAUCAGUUGAACACCAGUUCGAUGUUGAUAGACACAGAAUGAGAACACUGCUUGGCUUACCCUUGUUUUAGUCUUUGACUGUGCUUUUCAUAUAUGAGUUGGUACCUAUAGGGAGUUGGAAAAGUUGCCAUCUACAGGCUCAGGUCGUGUGGUAGGCUACUAGGUGUAGCUCAAAGUGUUGUUUCUGUUGUAACUUGUGUGGUUUAACAAAUUAUAGGAACACUAGCUAACUGAAUCGUAACCCCAGGCUUAAUUAAUUUCCUUUUGAACUGGUUCUUCCUUUUUCAUCUGAUAGAGGAACAAAACAAAUUGCACUUGGAACUUCUUCACUCGUUGAAAUGUGCGGAUGUAUUCUCUGACUUCUUGGCAAUCAAUCAUGAGAAAUUUUAGCAUUUGGGGCUGCAAAUUUGUUUGAAGUUCACUCUAAUCAAAAUGUAUUUACUGCAUGUAGAGAGGCACUAAAACAAUAUAAUAUCUCGCUUUAGAUGUGGAUAUGCCAUGUCACUCUACAAACAAAUGGUGCUUCCAGCUAACAUUUUGAGAUCUGUUUGGAUGGUGUUUGCUGGGAGAUAGCCCAUAUGCCUUCAAACUGAAUUUUGCUUUCCUCUGCUUUGAGCUGUGGUAGUGGUAAACCAGCCUGGAGUGGUUCAAACCCUCACACUUGUUUUACUUGAACCGCUGUAUAUCUUAUGAAGAGCUACAGCCUACGGGAAUCCGCAUAUAUUCAAGUCGCUCUCCAAAAUGUGGAUAGCUUUUGCACACCGUGGCAAUCAAAUCAUCUACGCAUGCAAGAUGCUAACCUUUGCUAUCCAGAGCUCCUACAAGUUAUAUGUGCAUUGUGAAGCUUGCUCUAGCCUGUACGAACUUCACUUUGCCACUUUUCACUCGUUCAUUCAUAUAAAUGGAUUAUUCUAACUUGAGGCGACAAGCCGCGUCUUUGAAAAAGGGCCUCUUUGAUCAGGGACACCUUGAUGAGCAAUUUCGUCAGGUGGAGGACUUGCAGGAUGAAGCUAGUCCUAAUUUUGUGGAAGAAGUUGUCGUGGUGUUCUUUAAAGAUUCUGGCAGGCUAAUAACAAACCUUGAGCAAGCUCUGGAGAAGUACCCCAGAGAUUUCAACAGGUGGGAUGCAUACAUGCAGCAACUGAAGGGCAGCUGUUCCAGCAUCGGUGCUUCUAGGAUGAAGAAUGAAUGCAUGUCAUUCAGGGAUAGCUGUGGGCAACGUAAUGUUGAAGGUUGCAUGGGGUCUUUCCAGAAACUGAAGAGGGAGCAUGCUGUCCUGAGGCAGAAACUAGAAUCCUAUUUCCAGCUGUUGCGACAAGCUGGUCCUGCUGGAGCGGCCACUAGACCUGUCAUGUAAAUACUGGAGAGCUUUUGGCAUUCGGCAUUCGCAAGGCGCACUGAUUAUGGAGCAAGUACCCCAGAAAUACUAUGAUGCCAGCCUCUACAUCAUAUCAUGCUGGGAGUAGGCGCAACUCUGCCGUCUCUACAACAAAUCAACAUACCACCCUUAGAUAUGAUGAUACUCGUUUAUAAAAAAGAAAUAAGGAGAGAUGAGAGGCCUGCUGGUCGAGCUGCAAGUAAAUACGAGCGUAAAAGAUGGAAUCGAAUUUGCUUGUUUCUAAUAAAGAUGCAGUUUAUCGA